UAACAUAUCCGCAAAAGCAUAGUUCAUUUUAACAUGAUCCAACCAUGUGGAAGUUCAAACCAUUUGCUCAGAAAGAGCCCGCGGGUCUCGAAGGUCGAUACCUCGAGAUAGGAAGCCUUAAAGUCCAGGUUCGAAACGUCAUUGCGGAAGGAGGUUUCUCCAGCGUUUACUUAGCUCAAGACACAACUCACCCCUCAAAGCAGUACGCUUUAAAGCACAUGAUAUGCAACGACGAGGAGUCUCUCGAGCUCGUGAUGAAAGAGAUCUCGGUUCUGAAGUCUCUGAAAGGGCAUCCGAACGUGGUCACGCUUUACGCACAUGGGAUCUUGGAUAUGGGGAGGGGUAAGAAAGAAGCGCUUUUGGCUAUGGAGUUUUGCGGUAAGUCUCUUGUGGAAGUGCUUGAGAGCAGAGGCGGUGGUGCUGGUUACUUUGAAGAGAAGCAAGUGCUUGCGAGUUUUAGAGAUGUGUGUAACGCUGUCUUUGCAAUGCAUUGUCAGUACCCGCGCAUUGCUCACAGAGACUUGAAGGCAGAGAAUCUGCUACUUAGUUCAGAUGGACAGUGGAAGUUAUGCGACUUCGGAAGCGUUUCAACAAACCACAAAGUAUUCGAAAGAGCAGAAGAGAUGGGUAUUGAAGAAGACAAUAUUAGGAAACACACAACACCAGGAUACAGAGCUCCAGAGAUGUGGGAUCUCUUUCGAAGGGAGGUGAUAAGCGAGAAGGUUGAUAUAUGGGCUCUUGGAUGUCUUUUAUUUCGGAUAUGUUAUUUCAAGAAUGCAUUUGAUGGAGAAUCAAAGCUUCAGAUUCUAAACGGGAACUAUCGUAUACCAGAAUCACCCAAGUACAGCACAUCUGUUACUGAUCUCAUCAAAGACAUGCUUCAAGGUUCACCUGAUGAACGACCAGAUAUCACACAGAUUUGGUUUCGUGUCAACGAGCUACUUCCUGUUAAUUUACAAAAGUCAUUACCUGAUCAACCACCUGAAAUGGGUUCAUCAAAGUCAGCAAGCAACUCUUCUCCAGCACCUCGUAGAAGUCCACCACCAUCAUCUGGAGAGCCAGCUAGUAGUGGAGGACUGCUCGGUGCCUUUUGGGCGACUCAGCAUGCUAAAACCUCAGUUGUAACAGAAGACAACAAAGGCAUGCCUAUAUUUGAUGAACCAAACAGCCACAACAGUCAUCAUUCCAACAAGCCUAGUCCUGCUGCAACCAAUAACAGGUCAAGAGUGUCGAAGGACGACGCUUUUAACUCCUUUAUUGCUGAUUUCGACACCGCGAAGCUCGAUAAUGGUAAUAAACCUGCGAAGGAAGUGGCGUUGGAGGCUGAGGUAGAGAGGUUAAAAGAAGAGUUGAAGCGAACAAAGUCAGAGAAGGCUGAGAUUACGGCUAAGUUUGAAAAGCUUUCUGUUAUCUGCAGAUCGCAGAGGCAAGAGUUGCAGGAUCUCAAGCAAACACUUGCUUCCAAAACUGUGACGUCAUCACCGAGCAGAGACUCUCCAGGGAUGCGUUCCACUUCAUCAACUCCAUCGAGAGAUAAGGGUAACAACAAUAGCAACAAUGAGUCAGUGAGAAGCAAAAGCAAAACAGCUUCUUUGGCUCCUGCUCCGGCAAGCCAAGGUUUUGAGCCAUGGGGUUUCGAGACAGAGUCCUUCAGAGCUGCUUCACAGUCUUCAGGUUCUGCUUCUACAACAGCGCAAAGAUCUGUAAGUUUUGGGAGUAGUUCACAGAGAUUAGGGAACACAAAGAUGAGAGAGAACCAGAAAGCUGCUCAACCUGCUGGAUGGGCUGGCUUCUAAACAAAGACUGAUCUCAGUGCUCAUUUGCUAUUCUUCUUACACCAACAAUAGCAGCUUCUUCUUGGUUGCCAUUACAGAAUCUUGAAUCUUUUUUUUUGUAGAUGAUCGACUAUCCUCUGUUUUUGUGCUGCAAACUUUACAGAAUGUAUAAACCUAUUUCUGAGCAGUGGGGGAAGAUCUCAGCUUUGUAAUUACCAUAUGAUAAAUUACCGCAUUGGGAAACAGAGGAGCUAAAGAAA